CUAAACUCGAAGAUCUGUCAAAAUGUCGGCUAAAGCCAUCUACGAAACCGACGGAAAGUCACUCGUUGCGAAGUGCCUUCAAAACAAUUGCUACGUCAAGAACAAAUUUGCUGUUGUUGUACAAGAAACAAACUGGGACGAUCUUGUCAAAGACAAUCCAUGGAUUUUAAGCCAGGUAAGACAUUGUUUUAUCAACAAAUUUGUCGUUCUAUUCAACUGCAUUCAUUCAGCCUCCAGGGGCGAAAAUAAUUUGAUCCCUCGACUCCUGAAUUUUAUUAUGUAUUUACGAAUUUUAUAUUUUCAAUCUUGAAUUUUGAGCUUUGACAUAUUUGGAAGACCAUUGUGUAAAGUAUAAAGAAGAUUUCUGUAAAAUAUUAAGUUGUUUAUAUUCUUUAUUUCCUCGAAACAAUGUUAUCCGUUUUGCUUUUCCUUUCACCGCUCGCAGCAAGGAAAUUGACAGAAUAGGAUUAUACUUGUAGCGAUGAAGGUCAUUCAAGGUUACGCAAAAUGCUUUAUCAUAUGCAGAAUAAAAUUUUUUUAAUUCCUUUUGUCUCAUCAAUUUGCCCCUACUGACGUUUUAUCUUUGUUCUGAUUUUAACACGUACUAAACUACCUCAAGUUUACCAAUUUCUUGACGCCUGUUAUAAUUUUUUACCAAAACUGAAUAAAUGGGUUAAUUUUUCUUUUCUAGAUUUUAGUGUAUCAGUUGUACUUUUAAAUUAUUUUAGCUUCACAUGAGUUCAAACUGGCUUGAUAUUAGCUUUUCUUUGUUUGGAAAUGACAUAUCUGGAUCAAAGGGAAAUUCAACUCAAACAGUUGUAUCCUAAAACCAUCCUGACUUGGAAUUGGUGGCAAACUUAGCAUAGCCACAAUUUUUUUCCAUUGAUUGUUUAGUAAUGAUGGACCAAUACAGUUUUUCUGAAACUAUACGAUACCAAAGAUGAUGCUGAUAUUGAUACUGUGAUUUAUGUGUUAACUCAACAUUUCUUUAAAAAACAAUCUUUAGUUUCUACUCAUAAGAGAUUAAGUCAAUCAUCUGACAAGUAGUCACCUAUACAACGUUAAAAACAAUUUAAAAUUGUAAGCAAGCAUCUCUAAAAGUGGUUACUUUUGAGAUGUGGUAGCUAAUGAGAGGUGGUUGCUUACAAGAGGUUCAAUUUAUAGUGAUUUGACUUGAUAACUUUUGGUAUACUGAAAAAGUGGUUGCUUACCAGAGGUCGUCGCUAAGGGAGGAGGUUCUACUGUACAUACAAAAAUGUGUCAUAAGAUACUUAAUAUAUUUGUUUGUAUUUUCAUUUUCAGAAACUUGUUGUAAAGCCAGAUCAGCUUAUAAAGCGUAGAGGCAAGCUGGGUCUUAUAAAGGUUAAUGUCAACUCACAAGAAGCCAAGAAAUGGAUUGAUGAGAGAAUGGGCAAAGAUAUCCAGGUCUGUGAUUGAUCUAUUAAGUAUUUUAGCCUUCUCGAUUAUACAGCAUGAAACAAGAAUGGGAUGAUAAGCUGGAGUGUUUUCUAAAGGCAAGCCUUAAAAAAAAAUACAGCAGUUGUCAGGAAACAAGCCAGUACCUAUAAAAAGGGUACAAGUAUGUACAGUAUGUUGCUAGCAUCUGUUCCUGCUGCUUUUGUCUCUUGUUUUCUUUCUGGUUUUAAUCACUUUUUUUGAGGAUAUGGAAAUAAAGCAAAGAUUAAAAUUUUCUUAAGAAGAGGACAGUUGUUUUAUUAUUUUUUCAAUAUUUAAGAAAGCAAUGAUUAAAAAACAUAUGUGUUUGUGGAAACUUGCUGGUGGAAACAGCAGCUGCUGGUGCCUCUGGACAAUACUGAAUAAGAAAAGAGUGGGAGACAAGACAUGUUCACCUAGAGCUUAAGGUUACAGUGCUGGACUAUAAGUUGAUGUCAGACGUUAGGGGGAAGGGGGGGGGAGGAAGGUUCGAGCUCUGAUGGGGUGAUAAAGUGGUGUACUUGGGAAAACUUUUACUCUCAAUAUACCUGUCUCCAACAAGGAGUAUAAAUGAGUACAAGCAAAUUGUCAGGGGAGGUGUGACAAAAUUCUUGGUGGUAACCUGCAAUUGAGUUGUAUAUUAUCCAGAGAGAAUUAUAUGAACCCUUGUAUUCUGGAACCCAUUACCCAUUCUAGUUACAUUUGCCUUUACAAGAUUUGCUGUCUCCCUUUCCCUGAGAUUCUGAAAUCUUCCUCAUCCAUUUCUGUCCCUGAUCUUCUACUCUUCAACCAUUCUGUGUAUUACCUGUCCUUCCUCCCUUUUAUCUUGUUAACUUCUACUCUAUAGUUAUCCUCUCCCCUGUCCCCCUGACCUUACCCCUGUCUUUCCUCAGCCCCCCUCCCUUCUCCCACAAUCUGUUCCCACCCAACUCAUGCACAUUAAUCUGUGUUUCCAACUAAUCAGGUUGGAAUGAAUGCUAUGAUUAUUUACUUGGCAGGUGGGAGCUGCAAGUGGUCCGCUGAAAAGAUUAAUCAUAGAGCCAUUUGUACCACAUAAACAGGUAGAUCCAGUUACACAUACAUCUUUUGUAAUGAUCUCAAUAUUGGUAUUUCGUUUUACCUUAUGCUUUAGAAGGUCAGAUGAACUCUGAUUGGAUAGGUCACUUAGCUUAAGUAUUGACUUUUAAUAACUUUACUUUUAUGUAUGUGCUGUUAGGAAUUGAGUGAGCUUUUCAAUAACCUGCAAACACUGAGAUUUAGAGUAAAACUGGCAAUUUCAAUUCACGCCGUCUUCAGAUGUUUGCAUAACAGUCAUCUUAAAAGCAGAGGAACUCAAAAUGGAUCAUUAAUGCCUCCCAUUACAAUUCAGUGACUUGAUCUUUUCAACAAUGUAAGAUGACUGUGGUUCACCAUGGUUCAUAUGUUUGAAAAUGCAGUGAAUCUGAAUCAGGAAGUGUUAGAUUCUGAAACUAAUAAACCAUGAUAAGGCUCCAAAGAAUGACUCACACAAUCUUCUAUGACUUUCUUUUAGAAUGAAGAAUUUUAUGUGUGCAUCUAUGCCCAGAGGAAGUGCGACACAAUUUUAUUUCAUCAUGAGGGUGGUGUGGAAAUAGGAGAUGUUGACAGCAAGGUAAAGUACUUUUUUUUCUUAUGAUUCCAGUCUGAGUUUUUACCCUUUAACUCCCAAAAGUGAUUUACAUGUAAGUUCUUUCUAUGAUAUCCAUACAUUAUCCAGCAAACAGGUUAUGAGAAUACUCAAACUUAUAAGGUAGAGGUUGAUAAUUCUUGAUCUAAGACCAAAUUGCCAUAACUAAUUAACCAGGAAAUGUGUAGCAGCUAGAAGGGAGAAUUAACAGUCAGUUUUUGGGAAUUAAAUGGUUAAAUUUUUGCAUUAAAAACUCAAGGGAAAUACCAUAUCUGUGCUUGCUUAUGUAUUACUCUCAAUGAAUAAAGAAAAAAUGAUUAGAUUUACUGCUAGUUAAAGGUUAUACGUAAGUAGCCAGAAUAAUAUUUGUCUCUUUUACUUUCUGGACCUUGAAAAAAUUACGUGUAUGUUUGAAAAAAAUUUGAAUUCCAAGCAGUUUUGUUUCCAGUGUAUGCUUUCUUGUUUUUUGGCACCAAAUAGAAACAUUUUGCUUCUCUGAUCAAUGAAAGAAUGCCAGAUAUUUAAUAAAAUAAGCACAAACCAUUCAAAAAUCUUUAGGAAUAUAUACUUAAAACUAUUAUUAGUUUUUAAGCUAGCUGUGAUCAAGAAGUUUGAUUUAAAAUUUUGUUGUUUUCUGGUGUACUUGUGUUUUUUUACGUAUGUUUGUUUACUCAUGUUUGUUUACCUAUGUUGUGCUUAGGCUGUUAAACUUGAAGUUGGCCUUGGAGACAAAAUCACAGUUGAUCUAGUGGAGAAAAAACUUAUGCAGAAUGUUCCAAAACAAAAGAAAAAGUGAGUGAAGGUUUUCAGUACUCUUACAAUACAUGGUUUGAACUCAUCCAAGUUUUGGGGCUGUCAGCCCUUUGAAUACAUGACUCUGGUGAUGCUCAGGUUGUGAGAGGAUUCCAAGGAUCCUUUCAGGACUUUGCAGUAUUAUUGUUGCAUCAUUUUAUUGUCACUUAUACCCUGUUAAGGUAAGUGAACCAAUCAGAAAAUGCAAUCUGUAGAGUUAAAAUGUAAUUAUAAUGUUUAUUGCUCUUUGUUUUUUUCCUGGACAGAUUACUUGCUACAUUUAUCCACGACUUAUUUAAACUUUACACUGACUUGUUCUUCACCUACCUGGAAAUAAAUCCCUUAGGUGAGGUAAUCUUUAAACAUUUUGACAGUGUCAGACUAUUUGGAUACUCUCUAUAACUAUUAUUUUUUAAUUCCACACAAUCAUUGAAAAUGAAGAUUUAGUGGUAAUACUGAUGUGAUUUUAAGGGUUUCUCAAAUCUUUCUACAAGCAAGUUUUUCUGAGUAGAUGUUGUUAACCAUUUGAUCCCUAAGAGUGACUAGCAUCUAAUUUCCCCUUACAAGAUUGCCCUUCUCCCCCCUCCAUCACACAUUUAGGUCACAAGAAUGAAGGAAAUGAUCAAUUAAAGAAGCUCUUAAUUGUUGUAAAUUCUCCUUGUCAGCACAUUAGGAAAUGUAUAGAGAGCAGUAAAGAGAAUGUGCAUACUGAUGUUAGGGUGUAAAGGGCUAACUUAACCAUCAGUUUUGUAGCUAACAUUGAGACUCCCAUAAUGUCAUUACAAUGAAGUCUGUUAUGGAUACCUAUCAACCAAAUAGCUCUAUGUGCUUGUAUAGCACAGUGCAAGUUAACAUGGAAGCCAUAUAAUCAUCCUCAUCAUUGGAAUGAUUAUUUUAAAAUUUAAAAAAUAUUUUUUUUCAUCUAACUCACAAAUAGUUAAUUAUACAAUACUAUGGAUACUAGAUAUAUGAAAAUACAGAGAGGAGAAAGUAGAAAACAAUGGAACACUUUAGAAAGCAAGGUGACCUUUUGGAAACUCUCAGGCAUUUUGUGGAGGCCAACCAAUUUGUCUUAAUUUAUUCUACAGAUUGACAAUUUUAGAAUUGAUUUGUUGAUAUCUUCAGUUGUUUCACAAUAAAUUUUUCAAAAUAAACUUUGAUAAUGACAUGAUGUGAUGAUGAUGAUGAUGAUGAUGAUGACUGAGUUAAAUCCUCAAUCUCCAAAGUUUGUCAUCUGAUAUUUAAAUUUCCUGGUGACAAGUGUGAAGUAAUUGUAGCAAUAAUCCUGUGUUCUGUUUCAGUGGUUGUGGAUGAAUCAGUGCAUGUUCUUGAUCUUGCUGCCAAAUUGGAUCAAACUGCAGAGUUUAUAUGCAAAACCCAAUGGGGAGAAAUUGACUUCCCACCUCCUUUUGGCAGAGAGGCAUAUCCUGAGGUGAGACUAGUUUGUCCAGAAAAUAUUUAUAAUUUUGUGCCAAAGUAGUGGGGAAUUGACUAGAACUUUCACUCGUCCCCCUCAACCAAUCGGGUACAAAACCAACUAUGAAUUGGUCUCUCUAAGUUUCCUUUGCUUCAGACUGUCUACUCAAUUCACUUGGACUUCUCUUUUUUCCCCUGUGAUAUUUUCUUUUGCUCUGAUUGUGUAUUGAUUUAUUUGGGUUUGGUGUUACACAAUGCAACCAAAAAGUGCUUUAAAAUGCCUGAUUGACAAAGGGAUGUUAAAUGGUCAUAUUUUGUAAUUACUCAAUCUACAAGAUGGCAAAACAAUUAGGAAAUAAAUCGAUAAAGAAAGAGGAAAAGUGUCCAUGCUUAGCAGCAGUAAACAGUGCUACUUAAAUACUUAAUUUUCAAUUUGAUUGAAAAAGUUGCUUUUCUUUCAUGACUAUUGUUUUCUCUGCAUUGAAUAUAAUGGAUAAGAUGAAAGCAGAUCAGUCUUCAUCUGCAAGAAAUAUGCCAGCUUGCUUGGAAGUGUGCUUGGUUCUUCAAAAUAACAUGUACACACCAUCCUAAAAUGUGAUAUGUAGUUAAUUUACAAGAAACCUGAACUCGUUUUGUUUUUUUUUACUAGGAAGCACACAUCGCUGAGUUAGAUGCCAAAAGUGGAGCUUCUCUUAAAUUAACCAUUUUGAACAGUAAAGGUCGCAUUUGGACCAUGGUGGCUGGAGGUGGAGCCUCUGUGGUGUACAGGUAGGAAAGUGCAUUCGUUGUAGAUUAAAAUGGAACUGAGGCUGAAUUUUUUUCCAACGAGGUUGAUUGGUAAUUGUUUAUGCUUAAUGCUCACAUUCACUAGCUGUAACAAAAUAAAAUGGUGAUAAAACAAGUUUUAAAAAAAUCUGUGUGAUCUUUGUUCAUUUGCAAUAAAAGAAUUUUCUCCUUCAAGACCCCAGGGAGGCAACUUCACUAUUCCUUGAAAUCAGUUUUGGCUGGUUGAUAAUGUGAUUGGUACAAUAUAUAGUGAAUACCGCAAUAGCUUUGCUCCUAUCAUGAAUCCAUGCCAAAUUACGCUUCUGGGAUUGAAUUUUCUCUUCGGUCUCGAAAAUAAGACCAAUUUUCACGGUUCUUCUUAGCUCAAAGAUGCAAACGGCGCUGCAAAGAGUCUCUAGAAUUUGCGGCAAACUUUCUAAUCGACAGCAAGGAACAAAACUCGUCCAUUUCGCUAUCAUUACUUUUGUACAAUACUGAAAUACAAGAUUUGUUGAGGGAAAGAUCUAUUCUUGAAAUGUUGGGAGAGGAACUGAACAUGUCUCAUGCAUGCAACGUUAAAACUUUGAAAACAAAUUAAUGUAGCACUGCCAUGAUAGUGAUUAUGUCUCUGCUCUUGUUUAUGUUAAUCUAGUGACACUGUUUGUGAUUUGGGUGGUGCGUCAGAGUUGGCAAAUUACGGUGAAUAUUCAGGUGCGCCAUCAGAAUCACAGACAUAUGAAUAUGCUAAGACGAUUAUCAAGCUUAUGACCGUUGGUACACCAAGGCCUGAUGGUAAGAUGUCUGAAAUUCCCAUUCUUUUCUACAUGAUGCAAAUAUCCUGAUAUUUAAAAUAAGAAAGAUGGGCUCGAUAUUGAAAUAAAGAGGGUUGUCUAUCAGGAUUAAGAUAGACCAAGCAUUUUGUAUCAUGAGCCCCGUCUUUAUCUCCCUCUUAUCUUGACUUUUGCAACUUGGGCCGUGUCGCUUUUACGCCCCGCUCGCGCUAUCGAGUAUAGCUCAAUACGGGGAUUUUGUUGAUGACGUUUUUCAUUGAAAGCGCGCGCGGGGCGGCACAAGUCAAACUAGUAGUCUGGCCGGACGGAAGAAGUUCUCCUAGUCGCUAUAGAAACCAGUCCAAGAUCUGGAAACUACGCGAGUCCAUCUAAUAUGCUGUCAAACUUUACUGUACGGUACAAUGUACUAAUAUUUACGUCGUGUAAUUUCCUUCGCAGGCAAGAUUCUUAUCAUUGGUGGAGGUAUUGCUAACUUCACAAAUGUGUCGGCAACAUUCAAGGUAGUUUAAUCCACGUAAAACGUUAUGUGACCAAAGUUGAUAUUAACGUGUCAACUGAAAGUAGAGAAAAUGCUUUAAGUGAGGCCAGGGCCAUGAAGCCACAUAUUUUUAUGGUAAAAUUUUAACAAUUUUUUUCUUCGUGAAAAAUGUUGUGGUUAUUCAUCGUGGUGAAUAACGAUCAAAAAACACAACAACAGGAGAGCCGUACGACAGCGGACUGCCGAGGGAGCAAAUCACUGAGUGAAACAGCAAGAAUUGAAAUGUACCGAUCAAAGCUGGUGAAAAACAACUAACCACAGCAGAGCAUCAUGCUUUAUAAGAUCACGCAUGACCAGUUGACCUCAUCGCCUGAAGAAGACUAGCAGUAUGCAGUCGAAACGUCGCGAUCUACAUCACACUUGACUACAUCGUGAGAGAAACGAAAAACUUAGCUUUUAAUUUUUUCCUUCGUUCUACGAGAAUUAAAUUUACCUGUCAUUUCGUCAUUUUUGUUGCUGUAUUUUUUCGAUAUGCUAUUAUAAGAGCUGGAUGUACACUUUUAAGGUGUUGUCCAUCAUUUAUCGUCACAGCAAUGUUGACCAUAUAACUUUCAAAAUAAUUUGUAAACUUCUCUCUUGUUCUCUGUUUUGUUUCUAGGGAAUAGUCAAAGCUCUCCAAGAGUAUCAGAAAAAACUUAUAGAGCACAAGGUGGAGAUAUAUGUGCGAAGAGGAGGGCCAAACUAUCAAGAGGGUCUUCGUGUUAUGAGGGAAGUAGGUAAGUAUAAAACAGCCAACAUUUUUCCAAGGGAGGAGGAUGGGGUACACAGUUGCGAAUUUCCCUGCAUCUUAUAUGAUCUGGCUCAUUCCGCUGUUCAACCUUUGGUAUCAGCAUAGGGGUAUGUAUGUAUGUAUGUAUGUAUGUAUGUAUGUAUGUAUGUAUGCAGACAUCGAUCAGCCCCACCUUUUCGGUAAAAUCCGUCGUACGAGACAAAAAAAUCAGCGGAAAAAACAUUGAUGUUGGCGCACCACGUGAAACUCAGCGAGUGAGGUGCGCGAAAUCUCUCCCAGAAUUCUGCGCAGGACGUUAACAUCAUUUUUAUUUUUCGCUUUCUUAUAUUUGUCUCGCGCGACCGACUUCGCCGGAAAGGGGAGACUGAUCGUAGUCUAGUAUGAGUGAGGCGAGUAAGACCGACAGAUAGAUUGUCUAGAAGUGGAAAGACACGACCCUGACUUGAAAUGAACCACAGUUACCACAUCGGCUAAUCCAAACAAAGGAUUAGUAGCAGUUGAUGGAACUAAAAAAAAAAUAAAAACCGGCAAAAUGUGAAGCAGCGAUUUUUUUCAGUUUUGCUUAUGAUUGGUUAAGAAGAUAGCGCGUGGUUCUUUAACAAAUCACGAAGCGACUUAGACCGAAGUCAUUGCAUCCUUCAUGCUUAAUUAAGAUAUUCAUAUUUUACAGGUUCCAGUUUAGAUUUGCCCAUGUACGUAUUUGGAACAGAGACACACAUGACCGCCAUUGUAGGCAUGGCCUUAAGAAAGAGAGAGAUUCCUAAGGAAGUUGGCUUCGACUCAAAUGCAGCAGCAAACAUGUUCUUCAAUGCUCAGAACAAAGUAAAAAUUUCCUCUCUAUUGCUAGUAUGAGGUAUCCUUAUGGUAUCAGAUGAGGCUAUGUCAACUCGGUAGUCAUCAAUUGCUUUUAUAAGAUAUUUCUCUAAUAAUACGCGAAAAUGGAAAACAUUGCAACAGUGUUGUCAUGUCAUCCCAGGGGUCCGUAACCAGUGGAAAACACGCACUGUUGAUGUCGAAUGGCAAGGGAAAAACAGCUGACGAGAAGCCUUCACCAGAACAAGGGCGCAAAGCUUCAGGCGGCAAGAAAGCUCCUUUGUUUACUAGUGAGACCAGAGCAAUCAUCUGGGGAGUGCAAGCACGAGCAGUACAGGUAUACUUAAAUAUCAUUUUACUGUCUCUUCUCUGCCCUCAUUUCGCAAUGCGGGCGCGUUGUUGAGGGAAUGGUAACGUUUCAAGCUCCGCGGCGAUCUUUCAAUGAGUUGCUAUGUCUUAUGUAAGGUUAGAUUACCGAGACGGGUAGAGUAGGGGGUUGCCUAUCAUCCAUCCCCUCGGUACAAGUUUUUUUUUUCUCUCCUCAACGUUUUUCGGCUUAAAAAAAGAUGGUGGGCUCACUCACCGAAAAUACGCCGGCAACGCAGGCUACGCUCCUAAGUGGAAACUCAAUCUCCUGAUUGAAAGAUAGAAUCUGGGACUGACUCCCGCUUACGUGCAAGGCUCUCAAGUCCUAUUAGCAAUUAUGAAAGGCUGGUACCUUCAGAAAAGUACCGAAAAACAGCUUAUUUGUGGUUACAUGAUCAAUAAUGGUCGAGAUCAUAUCUUGCGGGAAUUUGAAGAAUCGUGGUGACUUCUGAUAGGUUGUUUCAUAAAUUUUAAUUUCGACGCCUUUUCCUCUGUUUUCAGGGCAUGCUUGAUUUUGAUUAUGUUUGUGAGAGAAAGAGACCAUCUGUGGCAGCUAUGGUGUAUCCUUUCAGGUGAGAAAUUGCUAUUAAAUGAAUAUUUAGAAGUUUAACAUUUGGCCCUGUUUUGAAUCAACAUCUAUUACAGAGUCAUUCGUUGUUCUUUUCUUACCUUUUAAGUUAUCGAGGUUUAAUUCAAAACUUCUCGUUUCUUUUAUUUCAGUGGAAAUCACCGACAGAAGUUCUACUAUGGACACAAAGAAAUUAUGAUUCCAGGUUGGUUGGAAUGAUUCAAUAUUAUUUCAGUUGUGACGGGAUUCUGUGAUUCUAUUUUACUGUGGAGAUCACUGGAGUGAUUUUUUUAGUUGGUGCGCUGAAGUCCAGAUGAAGUGGUCGAUUUUCGAAAUCUAAAUCGGAAUACUUUUGUUUUACCGCUGCCUGGUUAUCUCAGGUUGUAGAGCGCCGGACUUCCGCGGUGUGGGGUCAGGGGUUCAGGGACAACCUGUUUUUUGCUUACAUCCCAACCAGCGGGAGUAUAACAUCGCAAAAUGUUUUUGAUUUCUAAUUUCCUCGUUUAUUUGUAAUUCCAGUUUAUAAAGAGAUGUCCGAGGCUAUGAACAAACAUCCUGAUGCUGAUGUAAUGGUUAAUUUUGCGUCGCUUAGAUCCGCUUACGAUGCCACUCUAGAAGCCCUGCAGUUUCCACAAGUAAGCUUAUAAAGUGAUUUUUCAGUGGGUGCACAAUUUUUUCAAACAGUUUUUGCGUUGGCGAGAAUUUUUAUAUAUAUUAGCAUCACGCAAGACACGUUUAACGCUGGAGCUGAGAACACGGGGUUGCUCAUGGCAAGUUUCUUUUAUUGAAAUGGAAGCCUAGAGCAUUUGAUGGGUUUGUGGAAUGUUAUUGGUUUGUCCCUUGUGUGGGUUUAGCAGCUUUUUCUUCCCAUCUCAAAUUUCGCACACACUGAAUUUAAGUUUUUUUUUUCAAUUGUCGUUGACAGAUUCGCACGAUUGCUAUCAUCGCUGAGGGAAUCCCUGAGGCAAAGACCAGGCAACUGAAUCAGAAAGCUAAGGAACUUGGAGUGACAAUUAUCGGUCCAGCAACAGUAAGUAUAAUUUGAAAAAGUUGUUCCUUUGUUCUCGUAAACCCAACGGAAGACAACUUUUCAGAGCACCAAAUAGUUUAGUUGUGAAACGGUAGGCUAGAGAUCCUGUGGCAUCCUGCUCGGGGUAUGGUUUCGAGUAUAAUGAGCGGAAGUUGAUCCAGGUUCCAUAGUCUCGGGGGUCUGGAAACCCCACCCCAUCAGCGCAGUGGGUUUUUUUACCACUGGUCUGACACCAGAAUUCUUGGGACGACAUAUUCGCACAUUACCACUUGAUAUCAAGUAUUUUAAAUAAACUUGUCUUGAAAUAAUUCUUAUCUUAUUUAGGCUCUAGUGUUUAAUUAAAAAAAUCUGUCUUUUCUAAACCAAAGUUUGAUCCCCUCUCUCCCCUCCCCCUCCCGAUUCUGAGUCAGUCACGUGGAUUGAAGUAACCCCUUUUUUUACGUAACCGCGUCCGUCUUGGUUUUUCUAGGUUGGUGGCAUCAAACCUGGGUGUUUCAAGAUCGGUAACACCGGUGGUAUGUUGGAUAACAUUUUGGCAUCAAAGCUGUAUAGGCCGGGAAGGUAAGCUAAACGAAACAGUGAUGUGGUUACGUCGCUGGUGCUUCACAUCAAGGCUGUUAAAUAAAUUAACUUCAGAUAGGCCAAAAACCAAUUAUUCAAGCCGCUUCAAAAUUUUCGAAAACGGUGGUACCUUAUCCUCUGCUUAAAACUCAGUAAAUCAAAGCGUAAUCAAAUAUGCAAAAUCUAUUUUCAUGGAAAGGUUUCCGGUAGAGAGAAAUGUUACGUGUAAGGUACAUCCACUCAAGUAAACCUGUUUUGAAACUAACCGAUGAUAAUGAUCAAGAAAAAUGCGUGUUUCUUAUUUAACUUAUGAAAAAACUUUGUCAACCAAUAAGAAUGCCUGAUCUAUUUUCACUUGUGAGAAUACUUGUUUUAAUCUAGCCAAUAAGAAUGCAUGUUUUAAACCAAUCAAGGGAAAUGCUUGUUUAAUCUUAUUAACCCAUUGACCCUUAAGAGUGAUUAGAAUUUGAUUUCUCCCUAAAGUAUCACCACUGAAUCUUACAUCAAGGUGACGAGAAAAACGGAAAUGAUCACCAACCAAAGAAUCUCUUGAAGCUCUUGUCAGCACCUUAGGCAAUGUCUAGGGACCAGAAUGGAGAAUAUUCGUACUGAUCUUAGAGUGUUAAUGGUUCAUGAGAACGCCUGUGUUAAUCUGAUCAUUGCAAGGAAAUGUUCUUUUUCGAAUCUACAGCGUUGCCUACGUGUCUCGAUCAGGUGGAAUGUCUAACGAACUCAACAACAUCAUCUCACGAACCACCGACGGCGUCUACGAAGGCGUGGCCAUCGGAGGUGACAGGUAUCCGGGAACGACAUUUAUGGAUCACGUGAUGAGGUAUCAAGAAAACCCGGAUGUGAAGAUGCUCGUUGUCCUUGGAGAGGUGCGUGUCUGUUCAUUGUUUGAAAGUAGUUAAGUUACGGAAUUAUGAUUCUUUUUUUGGCGUUGUGCUCAACUAUCUUGAGCUCUAAAGGAGAUCAUCCGCAAAAAAAUAUACAAAAAGGAGGAAGUAAGGGUAGUCAAUGAUGCGGAAGAUUUAAAAGGAUUGUAAAUGACUGACCCACCUGGUUAGCUCAGGCUGUAGAGCGCCGGAUUGCCGUACGGGAGGGGAAGGGUUCAAACCCAAGAUAGAACCAACACUUUGGGUCUUUAAAUAACGGAGGAGAAUGUUCUGCCUUUGCUACGCCAUCUGCAAAUGGUUAGACUUUCUAGUCUUCUUUGAUAAGUAAGUCGCCCGAAGGCCUCGUCUCUUGAAUCUUCUGAGUACUGGUUAUCAGGGGACCUUAAAGAAUCUACACUUUUCUCCCAAAGAAUAGGGAACGUAGUUUCCGGUUUUGUGAUCUGGCCGUAUUUCCAAAAAUUCCUUAAUUGGGGGCACCUGCAAACUUUUCUUUGAACAACUGUAAACUUCUCAAUGCAGUCUGGUCAAAGAACUCCGCAAAGUUUUUGAAAGCGCAAUGGUUCAUAUUGAUGUGGGAAAUGUGCUAUGGAAAUGCAUCACUAUCAGAUGCAUCGUUGUUAAUAUCUAUUAAUAUAGUUAGAUAAAAAAUACGAGAGAAGUUAGGAUAAACCAAGAAUAACUCAGGAUGAAAAAAGUUUAAAUUGGACUAAAAUAUUUCUUUCAAUAUGCUUAGGUCGAAAUGUCGUAUUCAGUUGCCUUUCAAUUCUCUUGUAAAUCCUAGGUUGGUGGAACCGAGGAAUACGAGAUCUGUGAGGCCAUUAAGGACGGCACGGUAACCAAGCCCAUCGUGGUUUGGUGCAUUGGAACAUGCGCAUCAAUGUUCACGUCAGAGGUGCGUAAAUUGGGCACCAGUACUUUCGCGAACGUGCAGAAGACUUUAGAAACAAUUCUCGUUAGUAUUUGGGUACUAAUAACUUGUAUUUUAUUGACCUGAUUAGGUGCAGUUUGGCCAUGCCGGAGCCAGCGCUCAUGGAGACAACGAAACAGCGGUUGCCAAAAACAAAGUAAGGAUUUAAUCAAAUUUACUGACCAAGCUCGAAAAGAAAUAUUAAGUAAUGUACAGGGUAUGAGGUGUACAGCAACUUUAAAAUGUUUUUAGAAGGAGUAUUAUACUUCAGAAACCAUUUGAUUUUAUUUUCGUCAUUUAAAAUUUAUAUGCAGUCAGGAGGUCUUCCCAACGUGAUAGAAUUGUCUUCAAAAGUGAGAAAAACUCACUUCGGAAGACGGCAUUUUGAAUAUUGCUCAGCAAACUAGGCUCUUUUCUGUCAUGUGAGUCCUAAUCCACUACUUUCCAUCUCUUGGUGAUCUGUUUGAACAAUUAGGAGUUUAAAAAAAAAGCCCUAUUGACUGAAAUAACGGGUUUUUGCGGCAACCAAAGCAGGGGCUGUUUGUGAUCGAUGUAGAGUGGUUUCUGCCGCUCGGGUUAAACUCUGCAACGUUAAACUCUGGUUAACAGGGUUUUCAACUGUUUUUGUAAAACGUCAUGUGCACCGGACGUGGUUAGGUUAGUGGUGAGCGCCGUAGUAAAAAAGUUGGUUUUGAUAAAGUACCGGACGUGGAAUGUCCAGUCAAAUGAAAAUUUUUAGGAGUUUUUUGGUUAUGUAGUGUCUAGUAUCAAUUUUUUAGGACAUUUUUCGGUUAUGUACCAAGUAUUUUGACUCUCAAACUGCUUUGAGGAGUAAAUUUAUUAUAUAUUCUUUUAGGGCGGAGAUAAGAUUGAUUUGGUUCUUGGAGCAUAAUUCAUAUUGUUACAUCGAUUUAUAUACCUGAAAGUCACAAGGGACUUAGCAAUUAACAGAAAACUUGAAAUAGUUUUUCGUGUCUCUUUUUAAUUAAAUAUAUUCACAGGCUUUGAAAGAUGCUGGAGCGUAUGUACCAGACAGUUUUGAUUCUCUGUUUGAAAUGAUCAAGUAGGUGACCUUGCAGUUUUUUUCAUUCCUUCCUUUCUCUUUUAUUUUCCCUUCUUUCUCUUUUUUUUUUUUUUUUUUUUUUUUUUGACAUAACAUACCGAUAAGUUGGCAUUUAACUUAAGACACUUUGAAACGCUUUCGGUCAAUUAAAAUUUAGUAUAUUUUCAACGCAUUUUCCAUUCGUCAGAUGGAUGAUUGAAAGAGGUAAAAUACCCCUCAACGUAAUAUUGAAAAAUUUUUUUAUAUAUAUGACUUGAAUACCUAGCGAAUUUAAAAAAGACACCAGAAAAUUGCAAGACGUUCGUCAAGAGGAUAUAAUGCAACAUCUAGGAAACAAAUAAAUAAUGGCUCCCUGGCGAAGAAGACACGUGCACAAGACACAUCACAAUCGAACUUCACUUUCUUAAGCUAUUGUUUUCAUUGUUUUCCUCGUUCUUGUGUCUUUUUGCUUUCAACUGUUUAAAUCAACUGUGUCUUCCAUACCAAGUUUGAGCUCGAUUGAUCAAAAGGUUCAGAUUUUUUAUAAUGAUAUCAUCAUUAUGUUGUAUUCUGAUCUUCAUGAAGUUUUUCCAUCUUCACAGCCAAUCAGAUGCGACUACAAAAUCAGUUGUCUUAUGAUUCCUUCCAUUUCAAUUGGAGCGAGAAUUUCUACCAAACUGUAGUCAUCACUGCAAACAAAAGAAAGUAUCCUAACUUUGCAAUUUUGCUCUUAUUUCUACAGGGAAGUUUAUGACGUGCUCGUUAGGGACGGGACAAUCGUUCCUAAACCCGAGAAAGUUCCUCCAACAGUCCCUAUGGAUUACUCUUGGGCACAGGUUAGUAAAAAUGCAGUGGAGGAUCCGGAUUCCCUUAAGUAAGACUUGCGGCAUUACUUUUACUCUUUAUCUGACACCGAAAGACUGUCAGUUCAAACAUCAUGAGGUAUUCAAAAUGAUCUUGUCUUAAAAUGUUCCUUAGCGUUUUUGGGGUAUGGUGCUAAAGAAAUUCGGUGUUUUUUAAUUAAUUUUUGGGUUCCCCCCCUUUCCCCUUACCAAUCAAAAAUUCCUAGAUCCCGUAAUGUUAUGCUGGGAAUUGAGUGCAAGUAUAAUCAGUCUAGAAAUUACAGACUCAGAUUUAGGUGGAGUGGUGUAGUAAAGCGGUGUAGGGAGAAACAGAAAUUAUCCAUUCUAUUAAGAAAAAACUAAGCUGAAGUCACUGGUAGAUCACUUUGUCCUGCCGGGUAGGUGUGUGAGCCCUAGAAUUUUUAGCAAUCAAGGCGGGAGAUUGCAUUUAAACUUGUCAUCUUUAAUAUCUAAUUAGAUAUUCUACACACCGUUUGUCACUCACCCCUUAUCAUUUUUUAUCUAAGAAUUUGGUAGUCAAUCAAAUACUAUGAUUUUUCUACUUCUCAUAACCUUUCUACUUGAAAAUGUAAUGAUAUUGUGAGGUGAAAUUCAUGUUUGGUCACUCUUGGGGGUGAAAGGGUAAAAGAACGGGAUUAUAACCUACAGCUGUAGGUAGUGUUACGUGUUCCACUAGCUAUACUCUCACGGCUAACUCAAAUCAUUACUGCACUGUAACAGCUGAAAGAAUGUUUGUAUGAAGGAUUUUCUUUUUACAUCUUCACUUUUCUUCAUACUUGAUGUGGUUGUAUUUUAUAGGAGCUUGGUUUGAUCCGCAAACCCUCCUCAUUCAUGUCAAGUAUCUGUGAUGAGAGAGGAGCAGAGCUCCUGUACGCUGGCAUGCCAAUCACAGAGGUGUUCAAGGUAUGAACGCUUAUUUUUAAUAUGUAGAAUUCUUCAUGGGGCGAAACAAAAACUCGGCAUCUUUUUCAGUCUACUGUUAUUUUCAAAUCCCUCGUUACGCUUCGGAAUCGGUCAAGGGAAGAAAAAAGCCGCAAGAAUCUCCGGUAGAUUGCAUUAUCAGGCCUUUUAACGGAAUUUUGGCCGCCUAACUCAUAACGACCUACCUUCAGCAUAUAGGUACUCAGUCGAAACUCCCUUAGCCAAACGGCACGCAACGUCAUUAUAUGUACCUCGUUUUCAUGGGAGUCUCCCUCUGGGAACGAGGCAGUCACUUAACUUAUUUGACAUAUUAAUAAUUGCCUUCAACUUAACUCUCGCAGGAAGACAUGGGUGUUGGAGGAGUCCUGGGUUUGUUAUGGUUUCAAAGAAAGUACGUUUACCAAGUUCUAUAAACUUCUUCCUUUGUUAGCGGUUUUUGCUACAUGUGAAUAGAUAAAGACUGACGCUAUUUCAUAAAUGACCUGACUAAGGUAUCUUUCUGUCUGUUUUUAGGUUACCUCCUUAUGCAAAUGAAUUUAUUGAAAUGUGCCUCAUGAUAACCGCUGACCAUGGACCAGGUAGGUGUCAUACUAGACUGGUCACAUAAAAAUGAUUGUCGUUCAGAAAGUGUCACGUUUUGCUGCACGUCACAAACCUAAAAAUCUUUGGCACAAUAACUGAAGUUUAGAUAGCAUGACUGUGCAUGUGCAGCUAGUGAUUUUGUCUAGUUAAAGCCCAACUAUAUGUAAAAUGUUUAUCCAAUAAAAUCGACACACUAAGGAAAUCUGCUAGUAUCAAUACUGCUGGUUUUAUUGUCACACAAAUGACCUUUUUUUGUCACGCACAGCCGUUUCAGGUGCACACAACACUAUCGUGACAGCCAGAGCUGGCAAGGACCUCAUAUCAUCACUGGUGUCUGGUCUUCUCACAAUUGUAAGUAGAAAGAAACUCAAAGCCGUAAACUGCAUUCGUAUGUAAGUUUUCCACAAAAUGGAUGUAAACCGCGAAUGAUGAUGUCGCGAAGCUUUUGGGACCAAGGAUUAUAACACAAGUGAAACACUAACACAAAGAGCACAUGUGUGAUAGUGGUUUGGACUUUCGUUUGGACAUAGUGGGACUUAGAUGCAUUUUGCUUAUGCUUUCUCUAAUGCCUUGCUUCCGGCGAAUGUGAUAAUCAAGCUUGAAUUGGACGACAGGCGAGACAUUUGAGGGAAAAUCAUUAAAAUUAACAAAGCUGCUGGGAAUAUUCAAGGUGCCUUCUCGAUAUGAGAUGCUUUUUGGCGGUUUUCGGCUAAAUUACAAACUGACAACGAAAAAUAAAAUGGUUCUUCUGUCGACGAGGCCAUCUUGCAAACGAUUCAAGUUGUCACUACGCCAUUCAUUUUUGAAAAUAUUGUUUUUUUUUUUCAGGGUGACAGAUUCGGCGGAGCUUUAGACGGAGCAGCUCGAAUGUUCUCUCAUGGUCUUGACAGUGGAAUGGCGCCCAUGGAAUUCGUGAAUGACAUGCGAAAGAAAGGAGAACUAAUUAUGGGAAUUGGACACAGAGUCAAAUCUGUAAGGAACCUGUGGCAUUAGUUUGUGUUAUUGAAAGUUAUCUUUUGGAUAAACCGUCCGCUAUAUGAAUCUCUUAAAAACGACUAGAGUACUUAAUACACGAUUUUUUUUAACUAGCUGAACAAUCCCGACAUGCGAGUUGUGAUUCUUAAAGACUUUGUGAACAAACAUUUUCCCACCCACCCAGUGAUGGACUAUGCCAUUGCAGUCGAAAAGAUCACCACUUCAAAGGUAAGUUUUCGAUACGGAAAUGACUGAGAGCUUAGGGUUGACACUCCUUUCGGGAACAUACUGGGAUACUUAGGAAUGCAGCAAAAUCGCCCACACUCCCAAAGUCGUAUCUUUCCCUGUGUUCUUCUUCUUAAAGGCUUGCGCAUUUUUCUUUCUUGUCUUGUCUCCAGGUCCUCAUGGGUAACAUUUUCCGCAUUACUUGGUCAAAUUCCAAGGGACAUCCCCCCUUGGGGCUGAUUCUCUUUUCUCUCUCUGACUAAACACAGUGAGAGCUCAUAAGGCAAUCUCCAGUCGAGUGUCUAAUAAUCGAUAGCGUUUCGGUUUUCUUCUAUUUCUCCAAGUGAUUGGUCCAGAAAACUCAUACCACUUUCUUAACCAAUCAAAUUCGAACUAAAACUAAUCAUCACUUGGACGCCUGCUUUUUCCCGCGUCUGAGUCAGUUAACUUGUUUAUUAACCUCGAAUUCUGAUUGUCCUCCUCUUGAUGUUGUGCUUUGUUCUGAUUGGUUACUGUGAUUACUUUGGUUUUGGUUUUUCGGUUUCGAGAUUCGGUCCAAUUGAUGAGAACUGUUUACACAGGUACAGGAAAUGAAAGCAAAGUGAAACGACGACAUGAUCUCAAUUAAUUGCUGUUUUUUACCCAUAAAUUUAUGUUUUGGGUACAGAGCUUUGCAAAUAACGUCUAUCCAGCCUCAUAAGUAAUGCACUUAAUAUUGAAUUUUGCUUCUAAUCUUAACAGAAGCCGAAUCUUAUCCUCAAUGUAGACGGUUGUAUCGGUGCUGCCUUCGUAGAUCUGCUUCGUCAUUGUGGAGCAUUCACCAGGUAUAUAUUUUCGUUUCAUUAUGCGAAAAGAACGCUAAACGUUAUGGUGAAAGGAAGUGUUGAGGCGCGCUGCGAGUUUUGUUGCAAGCGAAACAAAAAAAAGGCUAUUAAUAAUUUAAAAUGUUUUUAUCGUGGGUCGCUUGAGUUUGUUUCGGUUUUUGCAGAAAUUUAACUCCUUUGUUUUCCUCGAAUCCAAUUUCAUCAUCACAUAAGUUGUUUUACUUCCUGUUAUUAUGAAUAUAUUCUGUUCUUCUUCGUGGCAGCGAAAGCAGGAGAUUUUCUCUCUCGCAAUAUUUUCUCAAUCUUUUGUAUGUAGAAGCAAUAGGUUAUUGCGUCAUAAAGUUUUCUUUUCUUUUGAUCAUGUCUCAUUUCAGGGAGGAAUCUGAUGAAUUUGUGGAGAUUGGAGCGCUAAAUGGAUUGUUUGUUUUGGGAAGAUCGAUUGGAUUCAUUGGUAAGUGAGUUUUUGUGGUAAAUUAAAAAGAUUGUGACGCAUCAAAAUUCAUAGAGAAAGAAGUGGGCCAAAGAAGAAGGGUGGGGGGGAAUGGAUCGACAGACUUGUCAGCGGGCUGUUUGGAAGUUUCACCCAUUCCAAGUACGCCCCCUACUAUUUCUCCCCACCUCGACGAGUUCGUCUCAUCAAAAAAGAAUAUGUUUGCUAAGAUUGUUUUUGGAUUCGUUUGUAGGUCAUUAUUUGGACCAGAAACGCCUAAAGAUGGGUCUGUACAGACAUCCUUGGGACGACAUCACGUACAUCAUGCCUGAUCAUCUCACAGACCUUCGCCCAGCAAGUUUUGAAUAAGCACGUGACAGUCACGUAGUAGAAGCCGUAAGAAUUGCAAAUUUGGGUUUUCCUCUAUAAACCCAAUCGAGCGGAACAUUUAACUGAAGAAUUUUUGGAAGAAAGAAAUUUUAGUCGUGUGUUGAGGCCGUAAUUUAAUUCAGGGAUAGUUUUUGCCUUUUUUGUAAUUCUCGUGUUAGUAGUUUUGACUGCUUAGCGCUAUACGAAAAUUUUGUUGCACCUGUCAAGCCCGUGUGGAUUGCGUGACAGACCAAAGAGAGUUUUUGCUCUCUUUGAAAAUCGGGAAUAUGUUGUACAAUAAUAUGGAAGUAAUGCUGUAAUUUUAACUCCCAUUUGAGUUAUUCAUUUGGAUUUGAAAUUAAUUUAGAGCAACUUGCUUCAAAGAAAAUGUAACUUCAAAAAUGUUACGAACUUUAUGAUCGACUGGAGUAGUCGAUGGUCGCGAGAGACUGGCACAAGCACGACAUUACGUGAAUUAUCCCUAGCAAGGAGUUAGAGGUGGUCGCAUGUCGCGCAACACCCUUACUUCCCCACCAACUGCUUAACUUGGUUUUGUUUGUUUGUUUCUGCGUUCUCCUAUACAUUUUGGAAUGUCCUUUUGCUUAUUUCAAAAUUAUAUGUUCCGUUAGUCCCUUAGCCAAAGAGCGCGAAAUUCAAGGUCCAAAAAUUUGACCGUUAACAAGAGAUCACUCAUAAUCUCUUGUCGUCAAACGUUUAGGGUGAAGUUCAGCUGGACCUUUACUCCUUUCCUUUUGUUUUGAGUGUGGGGAUUUUGAGGGUUUGCACUUAUCUUACGUCGUCCUUUGCUCGUCAGAGCAGUUUUCAAUUGACUGUCAAAAAACCAAAAGCUAUAGUAAUCACAUAACAAAGGUUUACAUCAUCAUCAGCCAAAGAGCACUCGAAGUCAAAACAAGCAAACCAUCAAAAACGCGGGAAAACGCAGGCGAUCAAGUCGCGAUUGGUUUUUGUUUUGCGUGUGAUUUGUUAGGAGGAUGGCGUGAGUUAUAUUAACCAAUUACAGACCCAAUUAAUGCAAAAACCAAAAAAAUCUCGAAUUGUCUCUGUCAUUCAUUUGUAAAUCGCUCAAACAACCCUCUUUGUAUGACUAUAAUCCUGCGAAAUAUUCCCCAUAAUGCAGCUAGAAUAACCUCAAAUUGCCUUAUUUGUUCGUUGGUUACUCUUGCCAAAAUUCAGACGUACAAAGUGAUUGAAUUUAGCCUUCGAAAUUAAACUAAAACCAAGUUUCUAUGAUUCCGUGUAGUAAAUCAGUAGAGUUUAUUUUUCACGGACGCAAAUAUGUCUUGGGGCCCGACUCAGAGUCAUUUUAGCCGCUGAGCGAGGGUUAAACAGGCUCUUAGAAGGAUCCGAAACAUAUUUCUGCUUUAGCAACAUGAUUAUCAGUUCAAAGGUCACCGGGAA